ACAGGGAGUAGCUCCUCCUGCAGACUGAAUAGGUGAACGAGUAGGGUGGUUACGGCCAGAAAUGCUCGAAUGUGACAGUUAAACCGAUGGACCAGUUCCGUGAUGUAUAAAAGCAGCCAAACGCCAAGCGCGCAAGGCUACACCCUCAACAAGACAAUUCAUUGCUGCUAAUCUACACCCAGCGGAUUUGCCAUCAUGGAGACAUCGCCACAGCAUCCUAUAGGUUGCGUCACUGCUGUAAUCGUGAGUGUCUUAAGCUGAUUUCUGUUCGAUCCCGCGUCUGGGUUGUAGAGGAAAGUUCAUACGACGCGUGAAGCAGCAUCGCAGGCUCCUAUGCGCGCAAUAUGAUGACCGCGGAGACACCAUUGGACUGCGCGCCUGAAUGUGCCAUAAGCCUGGGGAGACACUGAACUUUAAACAUCGGCAAAUCCCACUGGUUUCUUUCUCUCCCAAAUGAGAGGAAACAAUGGACUAUUAUCUGUAAACUAGGUUUAAUCUUUUUCUCACAAGGGACAUUUUCUUCUCGUGAACAUAUCGCGCCAGAAGCAAGACUAUGAUGGUGGUCAAAACCUUCAUGUACUUUUCGGCUGUCAUCAUUUCAGGUUAUUCUCAGAUGGUCCAGGUGGAUGACAGUCGCUCAGGUUAUGCUGGCUCUCAGGUGGACCUCAGCUGCCAGUUUGUGAACAGUGACCCCCCGGUCAAGAUCUCCCAGGUCACCUGGCAGAAGUUCGUCAACGGCACCAAGCAGAAUGUGGCCAUCGCCAACCCUGCUCUAGGCGUGUCCGUGCUGCCGCCCUUCAAGGAGCGCGUGCGCUUCAAGAGUCCGGCCGUGCGCCGGCCGACGCCCUCCCUGGAGGACACCACCAUCACCUUCUCCAACCUGCGGCUGACCGACGAGGCCGCCUACAUCUGCGAGUACACCACCUUCCCAGCUGGCAACCGCGAGAACACCGUCAACCUCACCGUUUAUGCUCGCCCUAUGAUCCAAAUGAGCCUAUCUACUCCAACCAUCGUGGCUGGACCAGCCAAUCUGAAGAUGACCGUGGCCACUUGUUUGUCUGCCAACGGAAAACCUGCUGGUGUGAUCACAUGGGACACUGGUCUGGAUGGCGAGGUCAGUAACCAGGAGAUCCGGAACCCUGACGGAACGUUCACAGUGCGCAGUGAUUACGUGAUGGUUCCCACGCGGCAGACCCACAACCAGAAGCUCACGUGCAUUACGUCUUACCACAGCGAGACAUACAGCGACAGUGUGACCCUCAACAUUCAGUAUGAGCCAGAGGUAACUAUUGAGGGAUAUGAUGGCAACUGGUAUCUGAACCGAGAAAGUGUUCAGCUAAUCUGCCAAACUGAUGCUAACCCACCCGUGUCUUUGUAUCAGUGGAGAUUUUUAAAUGGCUCCAUUCCUGAUAAUGUGGAGGUCCGUGACAACAUUUUGCUCUUUAAAGGGCCGGUCACCUACGACCUGGCCGGCACAUACAUGUGUGACGCCACCAACAGCAUCGGAACCCGCUCAGCCGCUAUGGAGGUCAACGUCACAGAAUUCCCUGUAAUUCCUCACGAGAUCACCCAAGGGCAGCAGGGACUGGGCACUGCCAUCGGAAUGGUGGCCCUGGGCGGCUCUCUGCUGGUGGUGGCCCUCACUCUCCUCGGAGUUUUGUUCCAUCGACGACAGCGCACCUUCAAGGGCGAUUACAGCACCAAGAAGCAUGUGUUAGGGAGCAGCUACCGAAAGGGCGGCAGCUUGCAGCCCUAUCCCCCCAUACCUCAGGUCCUCAUUUGCCCAGAUGACUUUGACGACGAGAAAAAGGCAGAGAUGUAUGGAAGCCCUAUUAGUCUCACUGAAAACAUCCACCAUUGCCAAGACAACACCCAACAAAUGACCCGCUCGUUCAGUGUAGAGAGCGAGGUGGAGGCUUGCGGGUACGGCGAACAGUGUUUUGCCUUUUAUGAUGAAACUGAACUGGAAAUGUCUGUUGACAUGGUGCCGCAAACGGAUGGCUCUGUCAUCUCAAAAGAGGAGUGGUACGUCUAAAAUAAGCAAGUGAUUCCCUAGGCUGUAAUCUCAUCAACUCACAGUCACUGGUGCUGCUCUUCAUGCGCCUACCUCCUCCUCCUUCACUGACAAAUAGAUACACUCACAAUGGCAAUUAAUGCAACAUGAACCAAAUUAAAUGACUGAAAAUAAAUAUUAUUGUUUUUUUAUAUAUAUCAUAUAUUGAUUUCCACUUCAACUGCCUUCAUUAAUUCCAGUCAUUUGAAGUGUUGCAUAUUUUAAGCCUAGGGUAAUCAUGAAUUUUGCACAAAGUUAAUGUCUCAGCAAAUUGAUGUGCUCCUUUGCUACUUUUGAAGCCUCUAAGAAAGUGAACACAAACAAGCCCCGACUGUGGCCUCUUUACAUGCAACAGGUGUUCAACUAAUUUCUAAUCAAACCCGUUUUUCAGUUUCUAUUGAUGUGAUAGUACAGAUAGUCAGACAUGUAGUCUGCCUUAAAUCAGUCAAAUGUCUUCAGGGUGAUGUACUGCUUUCAGUACUGGUUGCACUGCUAUUUCGUGAUGUUAUGAUUCAUGUUGUAUUUUCGCAUUAAUUAUACAGUGCAUAACUGUAAAUAAUAAUGUAAAAUUGUAUCCUCCCAAGCACACUCACUGUUUAAGUUUUUCAUUCGAAUGUGAAAGGUUCUGUAAUGAAUUGUGCAUUUAGUUAUUUCAGCCCUCUUCCCUAAGACGUUUGUGGACAUUUUCAAGGUUAUUCACGAAAUAAGUUGUGUUGAUAAGAGUUUGUUGUAAUGACAGGUAAUUUCUAGGAAUUUGACAAUCAAAACUUUUUACAAAGUACUUCAUACCCAAGAUGUUUACAUAAUUAACUGGACAACGUUAUGGACACAAAUGGACAAGGGUGCAUGUGUUUUUCUGUUCACGUCAUAGUAAAAUGUUGCAGUUGAUUGACAUCAGUCCCACCAGAUUAUUCAGUGAAGAAAAAAAAACAGAUUUAUGAGUUUUUAGAAUGUGUGGUAAUCCAAUUUGCAUUCCAUAAAUUAUUCACUGUUCACAAAAUGCCAGCAUGAAAUGCAAUGGACUAUAUAAUUUGUACAAAUGUUUAUAUGUGGUAAUAUUAUAAAUCAAAGUUAAUGCACUACAAACUAAAUCUUACUCCUGGAUAACAUAAAGUAGGUGUGUUGUACAGUGGCUUAUGCAGAACAGGGUUAUAUAUGAUGUUAUCUAUCAUUUAUUUUACACAAUCUGGGCUACAGCUCUCAAGUCCAUGUUUUAAGUGUCUCUGGCUCUGACAGUAAUUUUGCAGUUAUAUUAUCACUUGAAUAUCUAAACCAUUAAUAUGUGUCUCUUGAAUGAUGCAUAAUCUGGUAGCACACGCCUCCUACAACAUACCAGUUUUCCUUUUCAUUAGUGCUUCUGCCAUAAGAGCUUGGGGCUUAGCAUUUGCCACAAUGUAAUAUAUUUUAUGAAGACAUCCAGAGAUCAGUAAUAUGUAUGGAACUUGACUGUGAAUUAGCAUGUGUUUGCCAGCAGAACUAUUUACCAUGGUUAUGUGCACAUUUUUUCCCCAGACGAACUGCGCUGUCAAUGCAAAUAAAACUUGUCAUGGAAAGUCA